UCCCAUCCCUACUCGACGCGCGAACGGCGCCGUGCGCUCCCGGUCAGUUCACUUCAUUCAUUCACGAAGCUGACAUGGCUCUAGUGCGGUUACGGACUAGUGAAUUAUUUUUAUUAUUAUUUUUAAUAAUUAACACGUGCGCCGUGACCCCACCAUGGAUAUUUUCAAUAAAACAAAACACUAAAACGUGUGAUGUUAACAAAUGUGUGUUUAAUGUUGAUGUGAACGCGAAUAAUGUGGAUGAAUGGUCAUUAACAUCAGAGCCGGCGGAUUCCGAACGCAAAUGUGAAUCGUUUUUUGUGAGUAAAGUAUUUGAAAACGUCGUUGUGGAUGUUCCAAAUGAUGGUAGAAAGGUGUAUUUCUGUGUUAGAAGCGGUGGUUUGUGGCACCACCAAGGAGACGGUGUAUAUUUGGAUGCCAAUGACGUCAUCCAGACAGACAGUGAACUCCCCAUCGAAAAUGAUCUCGAUGAUGAUGAUUUCUCCAGUCUCGUCAUACAGUCCUAUUCAUACCCUAGCAGUCCAACCUUGGCACGAUACCGUCGCCAGGCAGACGCAGCUCCAGAAACCACCAUGACUCCUGAAGUCCCAGCAGUCCAGGAUGCUGUACCAGAGCAGAACAGUACAGACACAAGCCUAGGCCCAAAGAUCUCCCAACCUUCAGGACCUAUCAAACUCAUGGGUCUUCGCGUUGAAGAGUCGGAUAAGGAACCUAAGAUCGUUGAUGAGUUAAUCACCAGUGUGCUUCGGGAGACACACUUUUAUUUGAGGCUGUUCGGAGAUGGCUUUACAAAUGAUACGAUUAUUGCGUUUACUCAUACUCCGGCGCAGUAUGGUGAUACUUGCGAUCAUUUGUUGAAUGGGGAGUAUAAGGUAUCCUACGCGGAAUCAGACUCAGCCCUCUUCUACCUCCUCGCCCCCCCACCACUAGACGACUACAGAUUCUACAUUUGCGCCAAAAACUCCGAAAAGGACCAUUUCCUCCACCAGGGCCCUGAAAAAUGGAAAAUGCUGGCCACACAUAACAAACUUCUACCUCUUUGGGCUUCUUUAAUCCUUAUCGUCAUCCUUCUUAUGUUGGCUUCUCUAUUCUCUGGUCUUAACUUGGGUCUGAUGGCCUUGGAUAGAACAGAACUGAAGAUUAUUGCAAACACUGGUACGGAGAAAGAAAGAAAGUAUGCUCGAGCUAUCAUGCCUGUAAGAGCUCAUGGAAACUACCUCCUAUGUACAAUUCUUCUCAGUAAUGUCGCUGUCAACAGCACUUUCACGGUCAUUCUUGAUGACUUGACCUCUGGGCUGGUCGCUGUGAUUGGAUCUACGUUGGCAAUUGUGUUUAUAGCUGAAAUUACACCGCAGGCUAUUUGUGCUAGACAUGGGUUGUUGAUCGGUGCUAAGAGUAUUUGGAUUAUGAAGAUCGUCAUGGGUAUCUGCGCUCCUCUCGCAUGGCCGACGAGCAAGCUCCUGGACUACUUCCUAGGCGAGGAGAUCGGCACACACUACAAUAGGGAACGUCUAAAGGAACUUGUCAGGGUAACAGACCACGUGAACGAUUUAGACAAGGAAGAAGUGAACAUCAUCUCGGGAGCCCUCGACCUUCGCAAGAAGAAGGUCAGCGACGUGAUGACCAAGCUGAAGGACUGCUUCAUGCUGCCGGUCAACAGUAUCCUGGACUUUGAGACCAUGUCCGAGAUUGUCAAGUCUGGCUAUUCCCGCAUCCCAGUAUACGAGGGUUCUCGCGGCAACAUCAUCACGGUGCUCUUCAUCAAAGACCUGGCGUUCGUGGACCCUGACGACAACACGCCGCUGCGGACGCUGUGCCAGUACUAUCAGAACCCCUGCAACUUUGUCUUCGAAGAUGUCACGUUGGAUGUCAUGCUGAAGCAGUUUAAGGAAGGUCACAAAGGUCACAUGGCGUUCGUGCAGCGCAUCGAGGAAGGUGACGGUGACCCCGUGUACGAGACCGUGGGGCUGGUCACCCUGGAGGACGUCAUCGAGGAGAUGAUACAAGCCGAGAUUGUGGACGAAACUGAUGUUAUCAGUGACAACCGUACCAAGAAACGCUUGGCUCGUCCUCUCAACAAGUUCCAGGACUUGGCAGCCUUCGCUGGCCACCACGAGCACCAGAGAGUGCACGUGUCUCCACAACUUGUGCUGGCCACCUUCCAGUUCCUUAGCACCAGUGUGGAGCCGUUCAGAGUAGACCACAUCUCAGAGACCGUGCUCCGUCGUCUACUGAAACAGGACGUGAUCCAACACAUCAAGCUGCGAGGAGACGAGGAUAAGAACGAUCCUAAGCGUUAUGUCUUCUCUGAGGGCAAGCCGGUGGACUACUUCGUGCUGAUCCUAGAAGGUCGCGUGGAAGUCACAGUGGGGCGCGAGAACCUCGUGUUCGAGGCCGGACCCUUCACAUACUUCGGCGUACAGGCGCUGACGCAGAACGUGGGGCUGGCUGAAGCCCCAGCCCCAUCAACGCUGGGCUCCCUGCAGAACCUGAACAUGGACUCGAUGCUGCGUCACUCGUUCGUGCCCGACUACUCCGUCAGAGCUAUCGCGGAGUUGUACUACCUCACUAUUAAGAGAUCGAUGUACUUAGCGGCGAAGCGUGCGACGCUGAUGGAGAAGGGAGUGCUCGGCCGCGGCGGCACCAACGAGCAGAUCGAACCCGAAGUCGAUAAGCUGCUUCGUGAGGGCGAGAACAAUCGCAUUGAGGACAUUAGGGAGGACAGACCUCGCGAGGACAACGCUAAACCGUUCGUACCUACAUCAGCCAGUCCUCACACCAACGCCACCUUCAAAACCGAGAAGGAACCAGCCAACCCCGAAGAAGAGAAGCUUCUGAAAAAGUAAAUAUUGUGAACUGCUCUUCUUAUAGCCAGAAGAUAACUUAUCAUCAUCAUCAUCAUCAUCAGCCUAUCGCAGUCCACUGCUGGACAUAGGCCUCUCCAAGUGCACGCCACUGAGAUCGAUUUUCGACUUAAUGUGACAGAAAUCGGCCUUUUGGUGAAAAUGGAGGUUGUAAGUUGGGUAAAUGACUAUUGUAUUGAAAUUACACCGGAUAGUAUAAAAAUUGAGUCGGAAACUAUAUUUAAAUAGAAUUUGACAUUUAAUAAUAAUGUUUUUAUGAAAUAAGAACUACUCGAAUAGCUGAAUACUUGUAAUCUUACAAAAAUACAGCUAGAUAAACUGUCUCAAUUUUUUUGCUGGCAAGUGUAAUAUUUACUUAUUUUUUAUAUGAACAAAUGAAGUGCAAUUUUAAGUCUUCCUCUAUAAUACAAAACUUAAUAUUUUUUACCCAACUGAUGUCGAAAUAAAGAGGGUUAUGUACGUCUUCCUGGCCGAUCUAGCUAUAAGAAGAGUUAUCAAAAAAUGUAUACUUUAAAUACACACAUACGUUCGUACAAAAACGUUGAAAACAAAUAUAACAACUAGAAACUUUCAGAUACUUAUAAAAAAACAAUUAAAUAUUGUAUUUUUGGAUUUUUCAUUCAGUAUAUAAUAAUAUAAAAAAAAUAUAUGUCAUGACUAGUUCCUCCGUGUUUCGGAAGGCACGUUAAAUUGAUCCCGGCUGUCAUUUGAACAUCUUUGGCAGUCGUUACGGGUAGUCAGAAGCCAGUAAGUCUGACACCAGUCUAACCAAGGGGUAUUGCGUUGCCCGGGAAACUGGGUUGAAGAGGUCAGAUAGGGCAGUCGCUUCUUACUCGCACUGGUACUCAGCUGCAUCCGGUUAGACUAAAACUAAGCUCAUAUAAUUUUCAAUGACAUUUUAACUUAUAUACGUAAUUUUCAUGACAUAUAAUAAAUUACUAACCGUUUUCCCGCGGUUUCACCCGCGUCCCGUGGGAACUACUGCCCGUACCGGGAUAAAAUAUAGCCUAUGUUACUCGGGAAGAGUGUAGCUUGCCAACAGUGAAAGAUUUUUUCAACAAAAAAACAAAGAAAUAUUUUAGUAUUGUAUAAAUUAAUACUGAAUGAAAAACCCAAAUAAUUCACCAGUUUUUAAGUAAAAACUUUAGCUUAUAAGAAAAUAAUCUAUUUUAAUAAUAGUAGAGACAAAACAAAUAAAUAUAUCAAUGUGCCUUCCGUGUGAAAGUUUACAGCCUUACUACAAAAACUUAAACAUCUGUUGAACACUUGUCUAAAACGGCUGCAAAACGAACCUUAUGUCGUCACGUCAUUUUUUAGACAAGUGUUCAACAGAUGUUCAAGUUUAUGUGGUACGACGGUUAAAAUUUACGUAUGACUAUCCAAUUUAAUUUGAAAAGUUUAACUUUUAUAUAGUUAACUGUGCGAUAUAAAGUUAUUUUUAACCUGUCUUAGAGCAUACUGCAAACUUUUAGUCGGCCGAUAGUUUGUUUGGGCUCAUAAAUCAGUAUGAAGAUGAAUGGUAGUACGCACAUUACAAAGAUCAGGUAUUUACCAAAAAUCAGGCCGAGUCUAAAGGCUUAGGAAUUACAAAAUUGAUUAUGACAUGCUUUUUUUAAUAUUUAAAUGAACAAUUUGUGCUAUUUACUUGAUAGUUUUUCUAUGUAAUAAUGAUCAGAGAGAAUAUAAUAGUAGGUUAAAUUAAAGCGGAGCGGAGAAUAUAUAAUUAUAGGUACAAUAAUAUACCUAAAUUAUUCUCCUAACUCUAAUAAAUAGGUACUAUGCUGAAAACCGCAUCAAAAUGGAUCUACACGUGAGCUAAUUGCUCACAGACAUACAUAUAGUUCAAAUAGAACCUCCCUUUUUUGAUGUCGGUUAAAAAGUCUCCGCUCCACUUUGGUGCAAUCUUAUACAUUAAAAAUAUCGCACAGAAAAACUCUAGAUGCAUGAAACAAAAACUAUAAUUCGUAAUAAUUUAGUAUUUUUUUUAAAUAAUAUUAAAAAUAUUUUUAAUAGAUUUUAUGAUCGAAGCAUUUUGUGUAUUAACAAAACUAGCUUUUAGUUUUAGAUUUUGUUGAAUUUUUUAAAUAUAGCAUUUUGAUUUUAGAUGGCAACACUGACAAUUGUUAACUUUGUAAUCUGUUCAGCAAUAAAACUAUAUCUUAGAUUUUUGUCUUAAGCUGUCAUUGAACAUCUUUGGCAGUCGUUACGGGUAGUCAGAAGCCAGUAAGUCUGACAACCAGUCUAAUCAAGUUGUAUCGGGUUGCCCGGGUACCUGGGUUGAGGAGGUCAGAUAGGCAGUCGCUCCUUGUGGCACACUGGUAUCUACUCAGCUGUAUCCGGUUAGACUGGAAGCAGACCCCAACAUACUUGGGAAAAGGCUCGGGAGAUGAUGUCUAUAUGCUACAAAUUAGGUGCUUUUUAUUCAUAUCAAAAUUUUAAAAUCAAAUUUGUUUUAAAGCCAUCUUAAGUCUUUAUGCUUUAAAUGUAACAUACAUUUUUGAAACCACAAAAUGCUAUCCUAUUUUGAUAUUUCUUUUCUUUCAAACUUAUUACACCAGUAAGACGUAAAAUUAUGAAAUUAAAAAAAAAUACUUCAAUAAUUUAACUUGUCCUGACAAAUAUAAUGCUGAAAACCGCAACAAAAUCGGAUCAGCCAAACAUGAGAUAAUCGCGCACAAACAUUCAUACAUUUAGGUUGGUCACACUGAGAACCUCUUAUUUUGAAGUCGGUUAAAAUUUACUUUUAACGUAAAUGAUAUUAAUUUUCUAUUUUUACAAUUUCUAUUAUUAUUUUCUGCAGUCUGUGGUUUCAAUGUGUGUUGCCAGUUGUUUAAAUGUACUUAUAAUUUUUUGGCAUGGCAAUAUUUGUUAGCCAUUUAUAUUUUUAUUGUAUCGUUAAAUCAUGCAUCACGGUAUAUAAUAUUAUUAAUUUGUAAUUAUUUCAAUUUUACUAUCAAGAGUUACUAUAGCAAAUGUAUUUCGAAAAUUUUUAAUUUUAAGCAUUUAUUUCGAUUUUAUUUCGCAAAUAAAUGAUUUUUACAGAUUU